AUGACUGAAAAUGAUUCAGACUUGAACAAGCAAAUGAUUCUCAAAUAUUCUUCUAAGAAAUUAGAUUUAGAUUCAGCUACGAAAAAUACUAUAAACCGAAACAAAGAAUUGGUUGUUUUCACAAGAUAUGCCAAUUGGCUUACUACAAAAGAGUUUUCAUUCAUUGUAAAUUUAAUAGCUACGAAAAAUAAUAUAGAUACAAAGAAUGAAAAUGCUAUGAAACGCUUUGAAAAACAGCAUUUCCCAUAUGGUAAACGAUUUAAUUCAAUUUCGAACAUCAAUUCAAAAGGCUAUUUUGCUGUUACAAUUUAUCAUACCCCUUACAUUAUUGUGAUGCAUCACAAAGAAAAGUCUGAAAAUGCUUACAUUCUCAGUUUACAAGGGUCAUGGGAUGACUAUAGUCAUUAUUCCAUUGUCGCUGGUAACAUUAAAAGACUUGGCUGGACAGAACCCACGUUGAUCCAGCGAGUUCUUAUAAAUGUCAUUACUCAGGGUCAUAAUAUCAUUGGGCUGGCACAAACAGGAAGUGGAAAAACUGCUGCUUAUCUCAUUCCAAUUAUAGUUAAGCUAGUGGAGGCGAACAGAGUGCAAGACAAAGAACGAAACCCUUCAGUUUUGGUUUUGUCCCCUAUCAGGGAGCUUUCGCAGCAAAUCGUCGAACACUUUGAAAAAUUGUCUCCCAAUAAAACUCUAGUUGCGUUGGCCAUCAUAGGAGGAAAAAACAUCAGCGAACAGUUUUGCAAUAUGCUGCAAGGAGUGGAUCUAAUAUCGGCCACACCAGGACGACUUCUAGAUUUUUUGUCUCGAUCAUACAUUACGUUUUCAGCUUGUGAUACCAUAGUAAUUGAUGAAGCUGACGAGAUGCUUAAUUUGAACUUCUUCGAUGACAUAGACAAAAUCUUUGCUUCUGUCAAUGAAGACUCGCAGAUCAUUAUGAUUAGUGCGACCUUCGCCGAUAAACUACUUAAUUUGGCUACGUCCUAUUUUAAAAAACCGAUUAUUUUUCAGAUCACAGCUGACAACACCGGCAAAACCAAAAUUCAAGAAAAGUUUAUUCAGGUCAGUACUAACGAGAAAUACUAUGCGUUGCAAGACAUAUUAAAAAAUGAAAUUAAAAAAACUUUACUUUUUGUCAAUAAAAAGCAUAUCGCUUCCAAGCUUUCAGCCAGUUUGUCAAAUAACUUCGGUUUUGUGCUUUGCAUCCACGGGGGCAAACCACAGGAAGUGCGAGAGUCUAUUCUAAGCUCGUUUAAAAAUUCGCAAAAUUCCAUAUUAAUCACAACUGACGUCAUGGGCAGAGGUAUUGACAUUGUAGAUAUUGACAUCGUUAUUAAUUAUGAACUACCGCCCACAUUCGAAAUAUACUUGCACCGUAUCGGGCGCACCGGGCGCGCCGGCAGAAGCGGAACAGCUAUUACUUUUUAUGACCCUGUCGUUGAUCACGAGGAGUUGCCAAAAUUUAAAGAACGCAUCAAAAAAUUCGACAGUUUGCAUACUCAAACCAAUAAUUUCAGCAAUGAUUUAAUUUUGGAAUAA